ACAACACAAAUAGCAUGCUAUCUUUAGGACCCAGUGUCUCCGCGUCAUCCUUUGUAGUUUUUGUGUCGAGAUGAGGGACACCGAGAUGUGCGUCUUUCUUAUCACGACUCACAUCGGUGUUACUGAUGGGUUGCUCGCUGAGCACUGGGUCAUUUAACGCUAAACCUGCUCUUUGGUUCAGGUUUGGGCUCAACUCAAUGUAAACGCGUGCGGUGAUCUGCGCUUAAAACUAUGCAGCCGUUCACGUGCGUUGCCAUUGACUUGCCUCAUAAUUGAUGAGCGGUUGCAGGCGCUGUUCUUCUGGAGACUUGCGCUCUUUUAUUUUAAUUCAACGGGAACACCAGUCAAUCGCUUUCAACUUCUGACACAUCGUUCUGUAUCUCAACGGCCCUCACUUUGCUCACUCCAGUUUGGUGUUUUUCUCGGACAAAGGUAGUUUUAUUUUAUUAUUUAUUAUUUGAAGACAAAGCCAAAAAAAGCGUGGGAGAAGAUUUCUUCCCGUUUCCCGUUCGCUGUGGGCAAUGUUGAAAGGUGUUCUCGCGGCCAUGGGGGAUCGGGAGCGCGCCUCCAUACUUCUGAUCGUUCUCGCGUUGACAGCUGUCUGGGAAACAAGGCCAGUGCAGGGUGACUCUGCAGCUGAGGCCUUCAAAAACAACAUCACACUGUUCACAAGAAUACUCGACAGACUGCUGGACGGCUACGACAACCGUCUGCGGCCCGGACUCGGUGAUCGUGUGACGGAGGUCAAAACAAACAUCUACGUCACCAGUUUUGGACCGGUCUCAGACACAGACAUGGAGUACACCAUCGACGUGUUCUUCAGGCAGAGCUGGAAGGACGAGCGGCUGAGGUUCGACGGGCCGAUGAACAUCCUGCGCCUCAACAACCUGAUGGCGAGCAAGAUCUGGACGCCCGACACCUUCUUCCACAACGGCAAGAAGUCGGUGGCGCACAACAUGACCAUGCCCAACAAGCUGCUGCGUAUCCAGGAGGACGGCACGCUGCUGUACACCAUGAGGUUAACGGUACAUGCGGAGUGCCCAAUGCACCUGGAGGACUUUCCCAUGGACUUCCAUUCCUGCCCUCUGAAAUUCGGCAGCUACGCCUACACCAUCUCGGAGGUGACGUACGCCUGGACCCGCAACGCCUCGGAGUCGGUGGUGGUGGAGGGCGAGAGCUCCCGCCUCAACCAGUACGACCUGCUGGGGCAGACCGUGGGCCAGGAGACUAUCAAAUCCAGCACCGGUGAAUACACCGUCAUGACAGCUCAUUUCCAUCUGAAGAGGAAGAUCGGCUACUUUGUGAUCCAGACCUACCUGCCGUGCAUCAUGACCGUCAUCCUCUCCCAGGUGUCCUUCUGGCUCAACAGAGAGUCGGUCCCGGCCAGGACUGUGUUCGGUGUAACCACUGUGCUAACGAUGACCACCCUCAGCAUCAGCGCGCGUAACUCGCUGCCCAAGGUGGCCUACGCCACCGCCAUGGACUGGUUCAUCGCCGUCUGCUACGCCUUCGUCUUCUCCGCCCUCAUCGAGUUUGCCACCGUCAACUACUUCACCAAGCGCGGCUGGGCGUGGGACGGCAAGAGCAUCAUCAACGACAAGAAAAAGGAGAGGGCUUCUGUGGCGAAGAAGAACAACGCCUAUGCUGUAGCUGUGGCCAACUACGCGCCCAACAUCACCAAGGACCCCUCCAUGCUCCCCACCAUCGCCAAGGGCAACGCUGCCGACCCCCACAAGGCCAAAGCGCCCGGGAAGACCCCCGAGAAGACGUUCAACAGCGUUAGUAAAAUCGACCGGAUCUCCCGGAUUAUGUUCCCGGUUCUCUUCAGUAGUUUCAACCUGGUGUACUGGGCGACGUAUCUGAACAGAGAACCCGUUAUAAAGGACAUGGUACCAUCCACCUAAGAGGCCUCUUUUCUUUAUUUUUUUCACUCGGGUACUGGUUGGUGGACUCAAAAAGACAUGCCAAAUACUGCUUCCAGCAACCGCACACACAAAGAGUUGAGUGCUUGGUUACAUUGUGUGAGCCUGUGGCAUCUCCCCUUUUAUAAACCACUGUCUGCAGCACUUUUGAAAAACACUGCUUUUGUAAAUGUGUACAUAUAUUUAUACUCACGUUUUAAUUGUUAUAUAAACAUAUACUGUGUGGUUACAUCUAUUAAAUCUAUAGAGUGACAGUCUUUGAACGUAUGGUUGCAGUUAAAUGUCAAAGGGAAACUGAGACGUAUUUGUUGAGUGAUUGUUUGUAAGUGUUUAAGUUCUAAGGGAGGGGGUACAGGUACUGAAUACAUGACUAUUUAACAGUGGCCUGGCUUUUUUCUGUCCAAGCCAAUGCAAAAUGAUACUUACUAUUCUUCUGGUUAUGGUUUUAUUCACACAAUGACCUCAGGAAAUGUCAACCCUUUGAGUUCAUUUCUGCUUCAGAACAAUUUCUACUCCAAAUCAAAACCGACUCAUCAUACUACUCAUAUUUGGAUAUUAUUUGAUUCGCUAUAUAAAAUGGCAAUAAGAUAUAAAAAAAACAACGAAAAGUAAGUCUCAAAGUAUCAUCGCGCUGCAAUACAUUCAAGUGUUAAAGAUGUAGUGAGAAGAAUCUCAUGGCAUCUAGCGGAACGUACUUGGCAAAGGUUUAAUAUAAUAUUCAUACGUUUCUUUAAAUACGUUUAUAAUCCAGUAAGAAUAAGCAUCGUUGUGGUUUUUUUUACUUUAGAAUGAGCCCUUUAUGUCUACAUGGGGAGAGGGUCCUCCUCUACGGGGGGCACCUUGUUGCAACGCCAUGUUUCUACAGUAGCCCAGAACGGACAAAUUAUUCCAGAGAGGACAGGUUUUCAAUUCAUACAAAAAUGUUUCGGGCUCAGAGUUUUAGGAAGGAGAGGGGGCGGGGGGGGGCAUGUUAUCCCCAUGGCUACGACCCAAUUUUAUGACCCAUGCUCCACACACCUUGGCAUUUAACUAACGUGUUCGUGAAGCGUAAACCUCUCUCGUACGCAGACGUCAAAAUCAACCGCUGGCCAGACGACGUCCUGCGGCGUUACGCUUAAGUGUCCUAACAGCUUAACCCUCUCCCGGACGCGCCUCAUAUAGCCUGUGAGGAUGAUGCUCCUUCUAUUCACGGAGGCAUCCUGUUUCCUAGGAUUCAAUUAAAAUGGAGCUUCACACACUUUGUAAUUCAAGUGUAAAAUGGUGCAGCAAAUGGAAGGUUGCAGAUGAGAUGGAUUAUGAUUGGGUGUGGGUGCUUUAAAAGAUGAAUUCAUGUGCGAAAGUUGGUGUCCAAAACAAAACUUUUGUGAAACAACUGCUCACUGAAAUAUAAUCAAAAGUAACAUUUACGUACCGCAGUGUAAGUUAACAUUGGCUUUUAGUGUUGAUUGCUAUCGAGACAAAUGAUCAACACAACAGAUGGUGAUGAUGAUCUAUGAAUUAAGUUUUUUUGCAAGAAGACUGUGUUGAGAAACACAAUAAGUUGUUAUCUCCGCCAUGUGGUGCAACAUGUGUAGUGUCCAUGCUGUCUAUGAAAAUUAUAACUGAUUGUGAUUUUUUAAACUGAAAAAUCAACCUCGAUGUGAUUACAACUAAUGACGCUUUUAAAACAAUGGCAACAACCGCACCCCUAGUGGCCACCUAGGUUUCACACACUGGACCUGUCGUUUGACUACAGCAGAACAUAUGUAUAACAUAUGCAUCAAAUAUAACCUAUGAUAAACUAAAGACAUUCCAGAGUAGACAGACUAUCCUGAAUGUCCCCUGCAUCAAAAAUAAAAUAUAUUUAUAUUUUAUAUAAAUUAUUUUAGUAUCUUUGUAUUUGGUGCGGGCAUUACUCACCAUAACACAAACUCGACUCUCCGUUGAUCCAUGUUUUAAGGGUUUAGUCAAUUAGUUAGCGGAUACCACACAUUUUUGUUGUGAAGAUGAUUUGAUUGGCUGAGACACUGGUCAGCCUGUCUGCUAUUUAAGUUCUUUUUCAUAAAAAAAAUUAUAAUAAUAUUGAUCUCAGUACGCAUACAACACAUUUUCCUUUUCCCUCAGCAGACAUCUGCAAGCUCUUCUCUGUAGCUAUUUUAGUAUGGGUAACAUUAUUUCAGGUAAACUGCCUAAUUUGAUAGUUUAUCAUACUUUGCAUGUAGCUGAAGUUGUAUAUAUAUAUA